AUGGAGAAUCGAAUGCAAAACGUUAAGUUAAUAAAACCUUUGGUGGUUGGAACGUACGCAUUUUUAUUAUCUCCUCAGGAAAAAAAAAAAUAUGGUAAUAUGACACAUAAAUGGACAUGCUUAGUAAGGUGUCCUGAAUCUACUGACAUUUCUCUUAUUGUUAGUAAAGUAGUUUUUGAAUUAGAUCCUUCCUUUAUGUACCCUAAAAGAG